AUGGAGUACUCACCUGUUACACCACUUUCCUCACCAACAGAAGUUACCCAGGCUUGGCUUGAGCAGGUGCUCAGGCACAAGUUGGGCUCCUCACUCAAGCUCAAUUCCUGGUCUGUGAAAUUACCAGAGACCAAGAGUGGAUAUAUGAGUGAAGUGUGCUUCAUACAGGCCUACUUCUCUACCAGAGAGGGAGCACCAGAGGAAAAGCUGUCCUUGUUUGCAAAAUUCAUGCCAUAUGAGAAGGUGCUUUUAGAUAUAAUGAAAACUUGUUGCUUGGCAGAGAGGGAGGUUGAGUUCUACAAGCAUGCUUUCUCAAGAGAGUUCAGGGACUUUUGUGAGACCAGUGGCGUGCAUCACCCAGUUCCUGAGGUGUACUGGGCUGGACUUGAGGACAGCAAGAUGACAAUAGUUCUUCAGGACUUAUGUAGUGAUGGUCUUAGACUCUCAGCAUCUGUGGAGGGCAACUCUCUCAAACAAAUCAAGUGUGUCUUGGCUACACUUGCAGUCAUUCAUGGCUCAGGCAUUGCUAUUAUACAGAAUCAAGAGAGACAUGCUUGGGAUAUUCCUCUUGAUAUUUCCUCCUUUGAAAAUUAUGUAGUUGAUGGUAUCAAUAAACAGAUAAAGAUAUUUGAGGGAACACCUACUGUGAACACACUGAAGGCUCUCUUGCCUCUAAGAAGUGAACUCUUCUCAGUGGAGAAGAAACACCCCUUCUUAAAGUCAAUCAUCCAUAGUGAUCUUUGGGCUGCUAAUGUGAUGUUCUCACAGGAUGACCAACACGCUUGUAUCUUUGACUGGCAGUUUUGUCGAAUUGGAAAUAUUGUCUGUGAUAUAAUGACUUUGCUUCUGAUGAGUGCCGAGGUGUCUUGCUAUACAGAACACCUGACUGAGAUACUUGAGAGUUACUGGAAGUGUCUUGAGCAGUCACUUCAGAGUAAUGGAGUCACACUUGAUGAAUCACUCCAAGAUUUUCUAUGUAACUUUGAAUCCAUGUGGAUGUAUGGCUAUACUUUCUUUAGUGCCUCUCUUCCUGACUUACUUAAGAGUCAUAUCAAUGAAAACCGUGUCCGGAGUGCUAUCCUCUUCCUGGAGGAGAAGAGUGUUUUCAAAAAUUUUCUCUCAGAUAUUUACAAACAAGGAAUAAAUAAAAUAGGGAAUGUGUGA